AACAGUAACCCCGGCGUCAUCGGUGUGUGCGUUUCUCUUGCGCACAAUUAGCUGUCGCGAGAGCGUGAGGCAACGUCAUCAAACGUGAUAGGAAGCGUUCAGUCUGCGCACAGAGCAACAACAACGUCUGCGGCAUCGUCGGUGGUCAAAGAUGGCCUACCCUAAAUCCCACAACCCAUUUGCAGAUGAUGAUGACGAGGAAGAGGAUUUCAAGCCUAAAAGUAGGGCAUUUGACGAUGAGCCCAGUGACAGUGGGUUGAGUGAAGCAGAGAGGAGGCAGCGAUACCUGCAGCAGGAAGUGAUGCGUACAGCGCAGUCCGCUGUGGACAGCAGUUACCGCUCCCUUGGCUACAUCUGUGAAUCAGAGAAGAUGGGUGUAGAAACUGCAGAGGAGCUGAUACGACAGGGUGAGGCUCUAAAGAGGACAGACAAGAUGCUGGAUAACAUGGAUCAGGACCUGAAGACCAGCCAAAGGCACAUUAACAGUAUUAAGAGUGUAUGGGGUGGCCUCGUCAAUUAUUUUAAGGGCAAGCCAGAGACAAAGCCACCACCUGAGCAGCCAAAGGCCUAUGAGGCCAGCGAUAGAUUACAGAACGCCUUGUCCAGCAGCAGAGGACAUGAAGAUAAGUACCAAGCCAGCCACCCCAACCUAAGAAAACUGGAUACAGGAGGAUUUGGAGCUACUGCAUCAAUAGAUGAUGGCUCAUCUCAACAGAAUGGAUAUCCUCAGAACAGAUACCUCAAGGACGCUCACCAGACUCUUGACAGAAAUUUGGAUGACAUGUGUGAUGGCUUGAGUAGACUGAAGAACCUUGGACUUGGUCUGCAGUCUGAAAUUGAUGCCCAGGACGACUCUAUUGAUGCUCUGCUAAAUAAAGUGGACAAAAUGGAUAUGAAGAUCAGCAACACAAACCAACAAAUGAAAAAACUGUAAUAAACACUUUGACUCAACUCAUGUACAGCUAAACUGGCAGCAGAGCACCCUCUCACCUUGGUGUCCAUUUAUUUUGUUGUUUUUUUUAUUGGAUUCUUCCACCUCCAUCUUUUGAAGGAAAGACCAUUCACUGUUCGUACUAGAGGCCACUGUCCACACUAGAGUUGUUUAUUUUCUUUCUCAAGCUUCUCUCAAACUCUGAAUAUAUUUAGUUGAAUGUUCAUUGAUUCCAUUCUGGUUUACUUAAUCACCAAAGAUGUUUAAUUGGCUAUUAGUUUGCUGAAUGAAUGAACAAAUUCUAUUACAAAUGAGGAAAAUUAAUUUUAAUUAUUCACUAAAUGGCAAAGAACUGGAUUGUUUUUUGUGUGUAAAUUAUAUGUCAGUGCUAACUGUGAUUUCUGGACCUGCCACUACAUGAUUAUUAAAAAAAAAAAAACACAAGCAAGCAGUUAGCCUAGCGUGAGUCACAUUUGCCUUAUAUGUAUUAUGUAUGUACAGUACACUAGCUUUGGAAGCUGUGCCAUCUCUCUGUCACUGCUGGCACUCCUCACCACGAGAAGCUUCACUCUGAAUUUUUUGAAAUUUCUUUUUGACUUUUAUUCAUGUUUUUGAGUGAUUCGGUUAUCCUUAUAUAAAUUCUGUGCAUUGAUAA